AUGCACGGUUUCAAGUCCUACUUCCCGUCCUCCCUUUACACCCCCACCGCCGCCUCCGCGGUGGUCGCCGCCAAGGCUGGCGCCGCGCCCGCCGCGGGCGGCUUCGCCCCCUCGAUGACCUUUCAGCACCCCGCCGCGGGUUUCAUGGCCGCGUCACAGCAGGAGUACGGUCUGGACUACUUCCUCAAGGGUGCGCUCGCGGGCGGGAUCUGCUGCUCCGUGACCCACGGCGCGCUCACCCCCGUGGACGUCGUCAAGACCCGCAUCCAGCUCGAGCCCACCAAGUACACCGGCAUGAUGCAGGGCUUCAACAAGGUCAUCGCGGAGGAGGGCGCGGGCGCGCUUCUCACCGGCCUCGGCCCCACCGCCUUCGGCUACUUCGUCCAGGGCUGGUUCAAGUUCGGAGGCGUCGAAUACUUCAAGAUCCAGGCCGCCAACUCCAUGACCCCGCAGCAGACCUGGGAUAACCGCAACUCCAUCUACCUCGGCGCAUCCGCCGCAGCCGAGUUCAUCGCCGACAUCUUCCUCUGCCCGCUCGAGGCCACCCGCAUUCGCCUCGUGUCCAACCCCUCGUACUCCUCGUCCAUGCUCGGCGCGAUGACCAAGAUGGCCGGUGAGGAGGGCGUCGUCAACGCGUUCUACUCCGGCUUUGGGCCCAUCCUCGCCAAGCAGGUGCCGUACACCAUGGCCAAGUUUGCGGUGCAGGGCAUCGCGGCGGAGAAGAUUUACGAAUCCAUCGGCAAGACCCCCAAGACUUGCACGCAAUCCGAGAACGUGUCCGUGUCCCUGAUGUCCGGCGUGAUCGCCGGUGUGACCGCCGCGAUCAUCUCGCACCCGGCGGAUACCCUCCUGUCCAAGAUCAACAAGGCUGGCGCCGGCGGCAGCGGCGGCAUGCUCUCGCGCCUCGGCAACAUCGCCGCCGAGACCGGCCUUUGGAAGCUGUGCACGCAGGGUCUCCCCGCGAGGUGCGUGAUGAUCGGUACGCUCACCGCCGGUCAGUUCGGUAUCUUCGACAUCGUCAUGAACGCGGUCGGAGCGUCCAAGUUCCACUUCCACGAUCCCUCCAAGCCCGACGACCACUAAGGCGGCGCGGUAGAUUUCUUCUUGUAAACGAUUCUUGUUGUGUC